CAGAAUUACUAGUCACCAGCAGAGGGACGACGGGAGAAGGAAACCCUUCGCCCUCGCUGCCGCCUUCUCCUUCCCCGGUCGCGUCUUGUUGGGGCUCUCUCGUGGUCUCGACCCGCCGGCCGAGUUCUCGCGUCCAAGCGUGGCAAUCCACAUAUCUCUGUCUCCCUCUCUCGCUCACCCCUGUAUCCCCGUCUAACCGAAGAGCCCAAUCAAUCGAAUCGGAUCGAAACAGACCGUGUAUUCAAUCUGCUACUAGGGAAGGGGGAAGCGCGAGCGUGCUUGCGUGCGUGCGUUCCUUCGUUCGUGACAAGGCGGCCCGGCCGGCCGGCCGAUCGAUCGGCGAUGGCGCCGCCGUCGAGGGACUACUGGCUGGGCUUCUUCCGCGGCGCAGGGGACAACGUGUUCGACGCCAUCGACGCGGCCAUCACGGUCGCCGCGUCCGACCACCCGGCCGCCCUCCGGGAGCGCCGCGACGGCAUCGCCGAGCGCCUCUUCACCGCGCUCCUGGUGACCGGCGCCGCGGGGGCGGGGGCGGCGGCGGGCCAGGGAGGGUCCGCGGGGAGAACCCCCGUGCCCAGCCUCUGCAGCUCCGACCGCGCCGAGGCCGUCACCGACGACGGCGCGCCGCGCGGAGACGAUCCCGUCCUCGCCGAGACGGAGCGCAUCAAGGCCGUCCUCCUCGGCGGCCAUGACAAGUCGGAGUCCGAGUUGCUGGAGCUACUCCGGCGGCUGCAGGAGCUGGACCUCGCGUUCGACACCUUGGAUGUCACUGCGAUCGGCAAAGCGGUGUCCAACUUCCGGAAGCACAGCUCGAAGCAGAUCCGGACACUCGUGAGAUCGCUCAUCGAAGGCUGGAAACGCACGGUUGACAUGUGGAUCGCUCGGCGCAGAGAGGCCGUCGUAGAUCAAACGCCCCAGUCCAUGGGUCCGUCCAGCCUGGAGGAUCAGGAGGAUCGAGGGGCAGCUUUCACCCACAUGGAUGAAGGCGACCUCUUCGCAACGCCAAGCACUACGAUUCGGCUGUCCGAGGAAAACCCAGGUUCCAAGUUCUCCGACGCAACGGAGGGGGAUGGAGGCAUGGUGAACAACACCAGCAGGGAUUGCGGCGAGCGGUACCCAUCGAACCAAGGGGGGCCAGCUAGAAGGCCUCCGCCGAUGGGCCAGCAGCGGUACGAUCCAGGGCCGUGCUGGAGGCAAGAACCGAGCAGCGGGCAGACGAAGGAGCAGUUCGUCGCGGAGAUGCUCGCUAGGCCCUCGAGUGCGGCGGGGUCGGGCCCCGGGAGACCGCAGCAGGCGAGGCCCAGGCAGCAGCGUCAGGAGGACGCCUCCUCCCCAGCUCAAGGCAGCAGGCCGCAGUCUGUCGGCUGCUUCUGAUAAACCGGUGGCGCAGGAGCAACCUGACGCGAACUCUGUGCGAGCGAAGCUCGAGCUCGCCAAGAACGCCAAGCUCGAGGCGGCCAAGAGGAAGCUCCAGGAAGGCUACCAAGAGUUUGAUAACGCAAAGAAGCAGAGAAGCAUACAGAUGGUUGAUCCCCAGAACCUGCCCAAGCAAGCAAACGGCACCCGGAAUUUCCAACCUAGCGGCAAGCCAAGGAAUGGCAGCAGCAGGAAUUGGUAGCAGUUCCAAUUCCUUUUGAGCGCCACCAGGGAUCAUAGACUUCAAAUCCCCUCCUCCCUCUUUCUUCCUUUGGUUCUUGAUCGGCUACUAAAGAUUUUUUUUAGACCAUGCGAGUACAGAAAACAGCAAUAAGGCUAGUUUCGAAAGUCUAUUGAAAGUUCUGGUCAAUUUUGACG